AUGCACAUUGCGGGCACCGCUCUAUUCUCCUCCUUCGUGGCACUUUCCAAUGCCCAACUCCCCCCCACCACUGGCUGGCUCAACCCCCUGGUGGUCAAAGGCUCCAAGUUCUUCGACUCUGCUUCAGGCGACGAGUUCCGAGUGAAAGGCAUUGCGUUUUACCCGCGAGCGAAUACGGGCAAGAAUUUCGAUGCCAACUCGGUGGAUUGGUUCACUGACGACAUGGAACCGAUCUGGCGGCCUCACUUGGAGAACCUCAAAGCCCUCGGAAUCAACACGAUCCGACUGUACGCUGUCGACCCCACGGCCCCCCACGACAAGUUCAUGUGUGAGUUGAGCAAACUCGGCAUUUACGCGUUUGUGGGCAUGGCAGCCAUCUGCGAAGGGUGCUAUGUGUUGGACACUGAAGCCCCGAAAUGCUACACCGACGCCAUGUUUACUCGCGCCAUGAAGAUCUACAACGCCUUUGCCGUGUACGACAAUGUGAUUGGGUUCUCCGUCGGCAACGAAAACAACUUGGGCACCCAAAUCGAAAAGUCGGCCCCGUGCGUCAAGGCCCUUAUCCGAGACGUGCGGACAUACGCUGACAAGUGUAACGGGUCAUUGCGACCGGUGCCCAUCGGUCUCGACAACGCCGACAUCGAUACCACCUUGCACCCCCGUGCGAGUUGGCUCGGCUACUACGACUGCCUCAAAGACGGCAAUGAAAACACCCGAGCCGAAUGGAUUGGGUUCAACCCAUAUGUCGAAUGCGACACGACCACCCAUGUCACGUAUGAAGACUCGAAGGGGCUGCAAAAGCUCGUGAGUGACUACAAACAAUCGAAAUACUCGCGCCCAAUUGUCUUGGGCGAGUUUGGGUGCAUUAAAGUCGUUAAUACCGUCAGUGGCAUCGAACAGCAACGCAACUUUUACGACGCCAAGUGGAUGAACGAAGCGCCAGACAUGACCGAGUACGUCGUCGGGGGGAUAGCGUUCGAGUACAGUGUCGAAAAGGCAAACUUGAUUGACAAGUCUGCAACACCUCCGUUUGCAGCUGCGGACCCUGGUCGGUAUGGCAUCGGGUAUUUUACCCCAGACAACUGUGACCACGAGGGCGUUCCGUGCAAGUACAACAAGUACCCCGAAUUCACGUUCUUGGCCGAUGCGUUCAAGACCACCAAGCCGUCCACCAUCAACAGCAAGUCGUUCGUGCCGACUCGAACCACUACGAUGACUUGCCCUGUCAACUUCCCCACCGUGGCGUUGCCCCCAACCCCCAAAGUCCCGAUUCUGGAGUGCUCGGUGUACCAGCCAAAGUGCAACGGAGGUCUCGCCAAUAAGCAACAGCGGUACACGCCCGACAAUUCCACGACGGGGGCGGCUAAGUUGCCCUUUGGUGCCGUGGCUCGGACGACCCUAGCCCCCAACGCAGCGACCACCAACGGAAGUGGCACAGCUGUGGCAUCUGCAGCCUUGCUAGUGUUAGUCAGCAUGCUUGCUAUGACAAUUUAA